GGUGCUUCCGGUUUCCGGCCGUGGGGGGAAGGGGCGGGGCCAGGGCUGCGGUGGGAGCGUUUGGUGGCGGCGGCAGCGGGGCGUGUGCGUUGGCUGUGGGAAGCUCGGAAACAAGCUCGCAUCUCACUGUUGGAAACCUUCUAGCAACACGAUGAGUCUGCAGUGGACUGCGGUCGCCACCUUCCUCUAUGCGGAGGUCUUUGCUGUGCUGCUUCUCUGUAUUCCCUUCAUUUCUCCCAAAAGAUGGCAGAAGAUUUUCAAGUCCCGCCUGGUGGAGUUGGUAGUUACUUACGGCAACACCUUCUUUGUAGUCCUCAUUGUCAUCCUUGUGCUGCUGGUCAUUGACGCCGUGCGCGAGAUCCGGAAGUACGACGACGUGACGGAGAAGGUGAACCUGCAGAACAACCCCGGCGCCGUGGAGCACUUCCACAUGAAGCUUUUCCGCGCCCAGCGGAACCUCUACAUUGCCGGCUUCUCCUUGCUGCUGUCCUUCCUGCUUAGACGCCUGGUGACUCUCAUCUCCCAGCAGGCCACGCUGCUGGCGUCCAACGAAGCCUUUAAAAAGCAGGCGGAGAGUGCUAGUGAGGCGGCCAAGAAGUACAUGGAAGAGAAUGACCAGCUAAAGAAGGAAGCUGCUGUUGGCGGGGUGAAGUUGGACGGUAGGGAUGCCGAGAAGAAGGUGGAAGAAGAGAACAGGAGCCUGAAGGCUGAUCUGAAGAAGCUGAAGGACGAGCUGGACAUGAACAAGCAAAAAUUAGAGAAGGCUGAAAACGAGGCUCUGGCCAUGCGGAAGCAGUCUGAGGGCCUGACCAAGGAGUACGACCGCCUGUUGGAGGAGCACGCGAAAUUACAGGCAGCAGUAGACGGCCCCACGGACAAGAAGGAGGAGUGAGGCUGCUCCUCCCCGCCUGCUACCUGGCCUGUGCCUGCUGCUGCCUGCAGCCCGGCCUCCCGGGUACUUCGGUUCGCCCCCUCCCGCUUCCUGCCCCCUUGCGCACCUUGCAGUUCGCGCUGUGCCGGCGUACCGCAGGGGACCCAGUUGCCGCCCACUCAGGAUGAGUUCACGACCGUCCUGGCAAGCCAGGCAUGAGGCAGGCUUUGCUUCCCACUGAGUUGAGCCGUUUUUGUGUUGCGUGUUGUUUGGGGCUCCAGGGCCCCUUAUCUCUGGUCCUGCUGGAGGGUCAGUGGAGCAGGCCUAGUAGAGUUUCUCUUGGGGGCAAUAAAGGUUGUUAUCACGUGA